GGAGUUGUGGUUUUUUAACUGGAUCUCUUUUGUCAUCUUGCCUACUCUGCGUCCGAAGCAAAAAAGUCUGAGAAACCACAUUUCCUAGGAUGCCCUGCGGUGCGUCCAACUGCAUUUCCCCCUUGGCGGAGGGGAGAAUAUAGGGAAACUCGGUAAAAAACAGUUAAAGGGAGUGGGUGCCGAAGCCGAGAGUUUGAAGUUCACCACUACCAGAAGGGGAGGGGAGUGGAUAAGGCUCUCAGCCAAGAAGAUGAAGAAACUGAGGCACAGAGAAGUUAAGUAACUUGCUUAGUGGCUCAUUGCUAGUACAGAACCCUUCAGAUCAAAGCUUACCAGUAAAUUCAAUAUGUAAAACAAGUAAAUGUAGAAGUAGGGAAGAACAAGAGCUCUCCCAACCAGCUAGCACCUCCUCCAUUCCCACCCUCCCCCCCCAGGGAGUGUUGCAGGGGGUUGAAAACCAUUGGAAAAAUUCAUCCUCUCAUAAAUGACUCAAAAUGCUACCUCUUUAAUGUACUACAUUAAAAAUUUUACCUGUUCCAAUUUUUUUCUAUUUUUGUGCCAAUCUCAUACUUUAAGGAGCCUAAGAGCUUUAGAAUAUAACAAAAGAAAUUGAAAUGUCUAAUGUGUAAAAUAAAGAAUGUGAGGGAUUUUUUUUUAGCCUAUAAAAUAAUGUGCAGUGUUGGUAAAAAGCUGAAUAAAUAUCUAUAAUACAAUAGAGAGGAGGUUUAACUUGGUAGAACUGUAUAUUGGUAAUCUGAUAAUGUCUUAGAAGUUUACAAUGCUCAUGUCAUUUGUUCCAGCAGAUCACUUACAGGAUUAAACCCUAAAGAAAUAGAAAUAAAUGUAUGGAAAAAUUUUGCUUUUAUAUUAAUGAUAAUACUGAAUAUCAUCCAAAUGUUCAACAGUGUGGGACUGGUUAAAUGAAUCAUGGCACAUCCCCAUGAAAUGAGAUACUCUUCAGUGCUUGUGAUGUAUCUGCCACUGUACCAAGAACCUUAAUGUUGCCUUAGGCCUAACAGUAUCCCUAUGUGAUAGGUAUUAUUCCCAUUUAUAAAUGAGAAAACACUGAGAGAAGCUAGGGAAAGUUCAAACAGCUAGUAAAGUAGUGUUGCUGGAAUUCAACCCAUGUCUAUUCUUAACCCUUGUUCUUAACCAAUUAUAAUGACAUGGGAAAAUAUUCACCAUUUGCUGGCAAGUUGUUGUUUUAAUGCAAUUUAACAUUAAACAACAAACAAAAAAACUCCCUCCUAUAUGCAAUAUGCAAUCCUUUCUUCCUUUCCAAACUUAACUAGGCCUGGUAAUUUUUCUCCCCCAAAUAAACCUACAUAUGUUUUUUAUUGAUUUUGUAAGUAUUACAUGCCUGCUCUAAGAAUUCAAACGUUACAGAAGGUUAUAAAGUAGCUGCAUCUUUAAUCAUAAAUAUCUAUGUAUUUGAUAGGAUAUAUCUGUGGGCUCUUUCUUUAUGUUCCCUCAAUUCUGUCUCUUGCUAGUAUCAUCUUGUGGGCCCUGGUUGUGGAUGGGUGUGGACUGGAAAGGCAAACUGAAUGGAAUGCAGGUGUAGAUGGUUGACUUUCAACACAGGGUAGGGUCGGUGAUUAGAAACAGCUGGUUCUGGAGACCAGCUGGCUAGAUGGGGGUCCCAGCUCUGCUAUUUCCUAGCUGUUUCUACUUGGGUAACUUGUUUGUCCUCUCUGUGCCUUAGUAUCUUCAUCUAUUAAAUGAAGGUGAUCAUUGUACCUACCUCAUAAGGUUGUGCUGAGGAUUAAAUUGGUUAAUGCUGUAAAAUGCUUAGAACAAUGCCUGGGCCUAGUAAGUGCUCAACUGUUAGCUAUAAAUAUUGUAUUGUUUGUGCACAGAUGGGGAAGAGAAGAAAAGUUAGCGCUCACUGUGCGUUGUAUGCCUAUACCUACAUGGUUUCCCCAUUUGAUCUUUAUGAGUUAGGUAUUUUUAUUCCAUUUUUAUAUGGAUGAGGAAACUAAAAUUCAGGGAGGUUACAUAUGGAAGGAGUGGAAUGAGUCAUUAGAUGCAUUUCUAGAACUAAGGACAGUAUAAAUAAUGAAAGCUGCAUGACCAGGAGGUAGCAAACACUGACAAAUAAGAUGGGAAACACACCUGCCAAGUCUUUAACCCCCUCUCUGUUCCAGGGGGAUUGUUUUAAGAUUCAGGAUUGGGUGGGUACCCAAUCUGAUAUCAGAAAGCUGUACUUUGAUAACUUAGAAAUAAUGUUAGUACAUACGAAAGAACAAAACAAGAAAUACACAAAAUACAACCAGCACUAGAAACAGUUGAGUUCUCAGUCUAUUUCAUUUGUGCUUUGGGGGAGCAAAAAGGAAAAGAGGGAUCUUUGGCCGCCUGCUGUAGGAGCUUUCAAGGAGAAUGUCUCACCCAGAGACCAGGUGUGUCAGGUUUCAAAUCCCAGAAACCCAGGAGGGAAAGAAGCACAGAAAAGAAAAUGCUCUCUAGAGGCUUCUGGAAUCUUCUCUGUUCUGACCUUGGAAGAUUUUGAACAAUGUUUCCUAGAGGAUGGCCUUUCACUUACUCAUCUGUUCAGCAUGACUCAUCCCCAAGAGUGUUGAGUUGCAUGAUGGAAUUUGAACGUUACUUCAAGAGGUUUUAUAUUUUGGAUUAGUUAAUUGGGUUUAUCCUCUGCUGACUGUUUCUUCGGACUCAUUUUUUGGUGUCAUUUGUUUUGGACUCAUUUCUUUGGACCCACUUUUUGAGGCAUUAAACUCAAAGAGAUUAUACCAUGGACUACAAGGAAAGCUGCCCAAGUGUAAGCAUUCCCAGCUCUGAUGAACACAGAGAGAAAAAGAAGAGGUUUACUGUUUAUAAAGUUCUGGUCUCAGUGGGUAGGAGUGAAUGGUUUGUCUUCAGGAGAUAUGCAGAGUUUGAUAAACUUUAUAACACUUUAAAGAAACAAUUUCCUGCUAUGCCCCUGAAGAUUCCUGCCAAGAGAAUAUUUGGUGAUAACUUUGAUCCAGACUUUAUUAAACAAAGAAGAGCAGGACUGAAUGAAUUUAUUCAGAACCUGGUUAGGCAUCCAGAGCUCUAUAACCAUCCAGAUGUCAGAGCAUUCCUUCAAAUGGACAAUCCAAAACAUCAGUCAGAUCCAUCUGAAGAUGAAGAUGAAAGAAGUAUUCAGAAGCUACAUUCUACCUCACAAAACAUCAACCUGGGACCAUCUGGAAAUCCUCAGACACCAGGCUUUCUCUAUCCUCUUGGUCUUCUUGGAGAUGCUAAACCAACCGACUUUGAUUUCUUAAAAGUUAUUGGAAAAGGCAGCUUUGGCAAGGUUCUUCUUGCAAAACGGAAACUGGAUGGAAAAUUUUAUGCUGUCAAAGUGUUACAGAAAAAAAUAGUUCUCAACAGAAAAGAGCAAAAACAUAUUAUGGCUGAACGUAAUGUGCUUUUGAAAAAUGUGAAACAUCCAUUUUUGGUUGGAUUACAUUAUUCUUUCCAAACAACUGAAAAACUUUAUUUUGUUCUGGAUUUUAUUAAUGGAGGGGAGCUGUUUUUUCACUUACAAAGAGAACGAUCCUUUCCUGAACACAGAGCUAGGUUUUAUGCUGCCGAAAUUGCCAGUGCAUUGGGUUACUUACACUCCAUAAAAAUAGUGUACAGAGACUUGAAACCAGAAAAUAUUCUUCUGGAUUCUGUAGGUCAUGUUGUCUUAACAGAUUUUGGGCUUUGUAAAGAAGGAGUUGCCAUCUCUGAUACCACCACCACAUUUUGUGGGACACCAGAGUACCUUGCACCUGAAGUAAUCAGAAAACAGCCCUAUGACAAUACUGUAGAUUGGUGGUGCCUUGGUGCUGUUCUGUAUGAAAUGCUGUAUGGAUUGCCUCCUUUUUAUUGCCGAGAUGUUGCUGAAAUGUAUGACAAUAUCCUUCACAAACCCCUGAGUUUGAGGCCAGGAGUGAGCCUCACAGCCUGGUCCAUUCUGGAGGAACUUCUAGAAAAAGACCGGCAAAAUCGACUUGGUGCCAAAGAAGACUUUCUUGAAAUUCAGAAUCAUCCUUUUUUUGAAUCACUCAGCUGGACUGAUCUUGUACAAAAGAAGAUUCCACCGCCAUUUAAUCCUAAUGUGGCUGGACCAGAUGAUAUCAGGAACUUUGACACAGCAUUUACAGAAGAAACAGUUCCAUAUUCUGUGUGCGUAUCUUCUGACUAUUCUAUAGUGAAUGCCAGUGUAUUGGAGGCAGAUGAUGCGUUCGUUGGUUUCUCUUAUGCACCUCCUUCAGAAGAUUUAUUUUUGUGAACAGUUUACCAUUGAGAAACCAUUGAGCAAAUAUAAGCCUACGGAUGGGACUGAAACUCCUAUUUGUGUGAAUAUAUUCAAAUAUGUAUAACUAGUGCCUAAUUUUUACAUGUAAUAUUGAAAACUAUGGAAAAAUGUAUUUUCUGCUAUAUGCAAGAAAAUAGGGCAUUUCAAAGAGCUAAGUUUUGAUUAAAAUUUGUAUUCUUGUUUAUUAAGCUUAUUUUUAAAUAGAAAUUUUUAAAGCUAUUCUUAACAUUAACCUAUUUUUAAAGGAAACUUUUUUGCUGUUGACUGUUUUUUUCCCUCUAAGUUUACACUAACAUCUACCCAUGAUAGACUGUUUCUUAACAGUCUCUUUCACUUCAGUUAACAUGUAUUAAUACCUUUGUAACUCUCUAUUAUGACUUUUGUUAUCAAAUCAGAACUAUGCAAUUGAUACAUGGUUGUUUAAGAAGAAACCAUAUCUUUCCAUGAUAUAUCACUGUUUGAAACAAUCAGUUCUUGGUAGGAUUAAAAUGUAAAGGCAUAAUUAAUGCAUUGGCUGCUAGUUAACACUUCGAAUAACUGUUCAUUCACAAGAUCAUUUAAGAAGUAACAAAUGGAAAUCAUUUGCUUUUGAAAUACCAGUUCAAAUUUGUGGAUUAUUUUUCCCCUUAGAGGAAAAGAAAAGGUUUAAUGGUUAGGAAUUUUAAGUAUUCCCAAAGAUCUGAAGGGUGAUAAAUUACUGCUGGAUUUUUUUAGGUGGUGCCAUAAGUGAAUAUCUCUAUGUGAUAUAUUUAUAUUACAGAUAAUCUAUUUAUGUUCCUGUUGGUAUUUUGAAUGUUUAAUAUACUGUCAAGUAGUUCUAAAUCUUUGUACUUGCUUUUGCAAAUAGCUAUUUAAAAAUUAUCUUCUAAAUUGGUUAAGAAAAAAAAAAAAUACUGAGCUGUCUAAAGUAUUUGCCUUAACUGGAAGUUAAAAAGUAAAAUAACAAGUUCUGGGUCAGUGUAAAUAUAUAUAGUUUCAUUACAAUGUGACAAAAGUUAAAAAUAAUUCGGGCAGAUGCAUAUUCAAUAUUUUACGUAUCUUAGCAAAAGUAUAGGAAACUGACCUUAAAAUUACACCAUACCAACUAAGUUGUAUACUUGUUAAGAGUAAAAGAGAAUAACUACAGAAAACUUUAAAAGAAUGCUUAACAUGCAAUUCUGAUUCUUAGUUUAGAGGUUUUUCAAGUCAUGUAGGAAACAUUCUUGUGAAAGAGUCCAGUGACCCAGUUUACAUGCUCCAAGAACAUGCAUUUCUUCAUGUUUUUCUUGAGAAGGAAAUCACCAAUACCCUUUGGCUUAAAAACGUUUGGCAGAAUGGGGGAGGGGGAAUUGUGCUUUUGUUAGAUUAGUAUUUACAUUCAAUACAAAUACACUGAAUCUUCUUUUAGAGGUAAGACUUUAAUAUCUACAUUGUAAAUAUUUGGUUUAUUUGGCACUACUGUAAGUUUUGCUUUUACACAAAGCUCUUUGCUUAUUAUAAAGCAAAAUAAAAAUUGUAGUUUCUUGUAUGAUUUUUUUGUACUCAGUCAUUCCUUAACCAAACUGCCAAAAACUAAAGUGCAAUAUUGUAUAUUUUUAAAAUAGAAUUUUGAUGUUUCUCAGAUCACAAGAAAUACAAAUCUAUAUAGUAUAAUAAAAUUAGCAAAAAGAUUAA